GUAGCCGGGCGUCGUGCGUGGCUGCGUCGCCGGUCGAGGAGGCGUUGGCGCAUCGCAGUGCUUCUGCUGCUGCAGCUGAUACAGACACAGAAACCGGCUGUCCUGUGCUGAAACGGGACACACAACCUACACGGCCCGCUGACCAUUUCAAUUACACGGACUCUGCCAGGUUCUUCAUCUCCCAGUUGCACUUUUAAGAAUAACUCACCAGCUUAAAAAAUGAUCAAGAACGGGCAUCACCACCACCAAGUGAACACAGCAGCAUCAGCCGGGAAAGACGCAGGACCAACCCCCAGCGCUGCAGCGUGCAGUCCCGAGAAGAGGAGACGAAGGAUCCGGGUGUGGUGUGAUGGCUGCUAUGACAUGGUUCACUAUGGACACUCCAACCAGCUUCGACAGGCCAAGGCCAUGGGAGAUUACCUCAUCGUCGGAGUGCACACAGACAGUGAGAUUGCAAAGCACAAGGGUCCCCCAGUCUUCACUCAGGCAGAAAGAUACAAGAUGGUGCGAGCCAUAAAGUGGGUGGACGAGGUCGUGGAGGGAGCACCCUAUGUCACCACCCUGGAGACCCUUGACAAGUUCAACUGUGACUUCUGUGUGCAUGGAGAUGAUAUUACACUAACAGUGGAUGGGAAAGACACAUAUGAAGAGGUGAAGAAGUCAGGGCGGUACAGGGAGUGUAAGAGAACCCAGGGAGUUUCAACCACAGAUCUGGUUGGCCGGAUGCUACUGAUGACGAAAGCACACCACAGCAACAUUGAUAGUUCAGACUAUCAGCAGCACACAGACAACUUUGGAAAGGGGUCACAGGGGCAGAAGGGCCACAGUCCCUGGACGGGUGUGUCUCAGUUCCUGCAAACGUCACAGAAGAUCAUCCAGUUUGCCUCAGGGCAGGAGCCUCAACCUGGAGACACCAUCAUCUAUGUGGCAGGAGCCUUUGACCUCUUCCACAUUGGCCAUGUGGACUUCCUGGAAGCAGUGCAUAAGCUUGCAGAAAAGCCAUACAUUAUAGUGGGGUUACACUUUGAUCAGGAGGUGAAUCGAUACAAAGGGAAAAACUACCCCAUCAUGAAUGUUCAUGAGAGAACGCUCAGUGUCCUGGCUUGUCGAUACGUCUCAGAAGUGGUGAUUGGUGCUCCAUUCGCAGUCACUAAAGACUUGCUGGACCAUUUCAAAGUGGAUCUUGUUUGCCAUGGGAAGACAGAAAUAUACCCAGGCAAGGAUGGAUCUGACCCUUAUGCUGAGCCUCGGCGGAAAGGAAUCCUGCGUACUGUUGAUAGUGGGAACAGCCUCACUACAGACGCCAUUGUGCAGAGGAUAAUCAAAAACAGGUUGCUGUUCGAAGCCAGGAACCAGAAGAAAGAGGCCAAAGAGAUUGCUGUGAUCCAGGCCAUGAAGCGGAAAGAGGAGGAAAAGACAAAACCCCAGACAGUGCUGCAGAAAGGCCCCAAAGCAAGCACCAUCAACUGAGUGCGAACAUAACACUGACUACUAAUCUAAACUCAUGUACAGUGAAAUCGACUCUUUUAUAACGGUGGUGACACCUUCCACACUCCUGGAUGAUGACAGCACUCCUAACAGCAGCUCAUUCAUAGCCGGUGUGGCAUUGUCUGCUGUGGGUAUCAGGUAUACAGCGUGUGUUUGUAUGUGUAUAUGUGUGUGUGUGAGGAUCUUCUGUUCAUUCAUCUAUCCUACAUAUGCAACUACAUGUUCGUGUUAGUCAACAUUCACUCACAGAGUAGAAAAACGUAGGAGGGAGACAGAUAUCAAAUGCCUAUUUUGUGUCUUAAAAACUUUUAAAUUCCUUAAGUACUCUUAGUUUUUGCCUUCAAACAAAAGUUUUAUUUUUCAAGUGUUAUAUCAUGGGAUUUGAACGGACAGUGUGGGCACCUGAGGUACAGAUCAGGCAUUGACCUUUAAAAGGAUGUGAUUUGAUUUGUCAUUUCUGUGGGGUUGUUGCUGCUUUCUGUCCAGCAAUUGGUUCCCCUAUCUGAUCUAUCUUUGUAUAUACUGUAUGUACCUAUGUAUUAUAAAGUGAUCACAGUUUUUCUGCAGGAGAAUCAGGGGAGAUCAUUUUCCCUGCUUCUCUGUAUCUAACCUUGGUUGUCUGAGAUGUUGAUGAACUCUCACUGGACCUCAUGUACAUAUCAGACUGCACUGACUUCUCGGAAAAUCAUCAGUACUGUUCUGUUUUAUUGUUAGAGCAGAUUUUUAACUCAAAAAUGCACAUCGAAGAGACCUGCACACCUGGCCUUUUUCGUGCAAAUGCAUUUUCUAAGCAGCACUCCUUAGAUGUAUCCAGUUAUAGAGAGCACUACAGAGUUUUAACAGACUACUUUUAACCUUACGUUUUGUUGAUUUAUUAGAGAAUAAUGACAGAUGCUCAAUGUUGUUGACUCUAUCAUGAAAUAGACCUCUAACUCAUGAAAUAGACCUCUUACUGUCAUUGAGCCCUGAUCAAUUAACCAGUCUCUAAAUGAAAUGGGAUUAUAUAAUAUAUUUUUUGUAGAUGUAUAUUUUACUCACCUCCUCUGCAUUAACUACUGUAUAGAUUGUUUCAUAUGAUUAAAAAGCAUAACAUAUCUGUAUGUAAAGUUGGAAUGUAUUAAGUGUAGGCUAUAAUCUGUGUUAUUGAUAAAUACAGCAGAAAAUGAUUGGACUAUAAUGGUACACUGUUGCUGAUAAUUACAACAUUUCAAUUCAAAA